AUGGCUCAACCCAAGGAACAAGUCGCAGAGCAACCUCAAGAUGGAAGUAAUAGGGAGCAACCUAAACGGCAAGAAUCAGAUGAGGCUACAUCAUACAGCGGAGCUUCAACGUCUCGCCUAGUUUCCACUCCCGUUGAGAAAUGCGCAUCGGAAAGCAGCCGCAAUGAAUCCGAAAAGGCAGUGAAGUUGGUAUCUCCGUCUUCGGAACAAGCAGCUGUCCAAUCUACUACUCCUAAGGAUAACCAAGAAACAGUAGGACACGGCAUGCUGCAGAGAGCAUUUCGUGGGCUGAUCCGUAAACGUGAGGGUGAACUGGUUCGAAGAAUUGUACCAGAACAACCAGCUCCUGCUGCUCCUGCUGCUCCUGCUCCGAGAGCAGAACCAGUUGUUUAUGUAGAGAAGAAGGGCUUUCUCUCUGGUUUGACAGUAGCUGAAGCUGUGUUUGCAUUCAACUUUGCCGAUGAGGAAGCUCCUGUAUUGACACAAGAAUUGCUCGUCUACUGGCGUAUUUGCAGCGUCAUUCGAGCUGUGUGCGCCAGUGCAGCUUGGUUAUUACUGGCGCUAAGGCCAGAUUGUAAUGUGCUUGGAGAUACAAUUAAAAAGACAGCCGUUGCCGAAAUGCUGCAACGCAACAAUGACCUUCUGGAGGAAGUUCCAUAUGAGUACAAAGGGCAAUUGGCAAGGAUGCUUGGCCUUCAACAAUAA